GCGCUUCUGCGAUGCAGGUGAGCCAGGGAGCAACAUUACUCACUCUCGCACUGUGUGCGGUCUUCUCGAUAGUGCAGGGCACAGAAGGCAAUCGGAAGCUCCAGACUGGGGUCAAGGAGCAGGUGGACAACUGCCCCAUCAAGUCCCGCAAGGGUGAUGUGCUCCACAUGCAUUAUACGGGCAAGCUGGAGGAUGGGACAGAGUUUAUCUUCUCCUUGGGGACCGGACAAGUCAUUAGGGAUCAGGGACCGCUUGGGAUGUGUGAGGGUGAGAAGAGAAAUCUGGUUAUUCCCUCUGAGCUGGGUUAUGGGGACCAGGGAGCGCCACCCAAAAUCCCAGGUGGCACAACCUUAAUCUUUAAAGUUGAGCUGCUGAAGAUCGAGCGAAGGCAGGAAUUGUAGCGACAUCUCUUCAGGGGAGG